AUGGUUCAAGAAAAUCCAAUAGUAUCAGAAGCAAGAGCAUUUCUAGCCACAUCACAACCAGACAAAGCUUUGGAAAUACUAUCUCCUCAUAUACAAGAAAAUCAAAAUUCUGUUGAAUUUUUACAAUUAUUAGGUGAAACAUAUCUAGAAAAUAAUGAGUUAGAACAAGCAUAUAACUUAUUAACUAAAGCAUGUGAACUUGACCCGGAAGCAAAUUUAGGAAUUGAGAAAUUUUUAUACUUGGGACAGAUAAUAGGAGGAUUUGAUGGAAUAAAUUAUAUAAAUAUAGGAUUAAAUAAAUUACAAGAUUUAUUAAAUCAAUUACAGAGUAAUAAUAUAAAUUUAAAAGAAAUUAAUGAUAAAGGCUAUAAGACUACAGAAGAAUAUAACAAAUGGAUUAUAAAUAAAAUCAAUUCUGGGAUUUUUGCAAGUAUAGAAAUUUGGAUGACUGAUUUAUGUAUGGAAGAAGAAGCAGAAUCAAAAUGUAAUGAAUUAAUUAAUAUAAGUCUUAAAAUUGACCCUGAAAACCCUGAGACUUAUUCACAAUUAUCAUCCAUAAGAAUUUCACAACAAUUACUGGAAGAAGCAAUUGAAGCAUUAAUUAAAUCUUGGGAUCUAUUUAAAUCAAAGAAGACAAAACUUGAGGAUUUCGCAAAUGAAAAAUCGAAUAAAGAAGAAGACACAUUUGAAAUUGGAAUGGAAUAUGUAGAGCUUAUUCAACCACUUAUAACAUUAUCUAAAUUUGCAAUUGAAUUAGAACAAUAUGAUAUAGCUUCAGAUAUUAUUCAAAAUGUAUCAGAUAUAAAAGAUUCCAUAUUAGACGCUUACUAUAUUGAAGCAUUAUCAAAUAUAUUAAAAGCCAAACAGGUAUUAUCGAUACAACAAAAUUUGAAAGAUCAAGAUUAUAGAGAUUUAACAAUUCAAGAGCUUUCAAAUUCAAAUAAUGAAGAAAUCAAAAAUUUAUUAAAUGAAGCUAAGUUAACAUUAACUUCAGCUUAUAAAAUAAUUAAUAGUGAACAAGUCGAAGAAUUUGAUCCAACUGUAGUUGAACAAAUUAAUGAGUAUUUAAAUCAAUUAGGUGGACCUAUAAUGAGUGAAUUGUUACCUAAAAGAGAUAAAUUUGAUGAAACUGAUGAAAAUUGGGAAAAUGAAAUUGUUUCAGAUGAUGAAUGA